ACGGUGACGCAGGCAGGUUGUGUUCGGCGCCCCGGGCAGGCAAGCCACGCGGGAGGACGUAGAGAACCAGGAAAAACACUGCGAGAUUCGACCGCCACUCCUCGGUGCAUCGCGGCGCUAGAAACAUGGGACUGGAUAAAAGCGGCAUUAACAGAUGCGUGAGUGUCUGUCUGGUCGCCCUUUUGGCCGUGUUCGGUGUGCUGGUGAUACUACAGCUGUCUGCGACCCUUCUUGGCCCCCCCAGCAGCGUAUGCACCAAGCAAGUAUGCUUGGCCAAAUUCAUGGAGGGGCCGCCGGCGUUCAACAACAAGGCAAUGGCUAACUACCUGCAGUCCAACUACUUCACGCCCCCUGCCUCCGUUGAGUACCGCCUCUCAGGCCAAGACGGCAUGACCCAGACCGUCAAGGAACUGGUGGCGUUCAUCAAAACGCACUUCAAAGACAAGAGGGGCGGGGUGUUCCUGGAGCUCGGGACGGGUGACGGCGAAUACCGCUCCAUCACUCUGCCCCUCGAGAGGGACUUAGGGUGGUCUGGUCUCUUAGUGGAACCCCAUCCAGGUCUUUAUAAGAAGUUGCUGAAGAAGGCGCGCAAAGCGUCAGCUGCUCGUCUGUGUGUGUCACCUUACUCCUAUCCCGCUAAGAUGAAAUUGGCCUACCCGAAGGUGAUGGAGGACGCUACCGAGGAGGAGGCGGUGGCUGAGAUGGGCAAGACCAAACUAGAGGUUCUGUGGGACAAGGUAACGUUAGCGAAGAAUACGCAUGAGGUGGUGGAGGUUCAGUGCGUGCCGCUCGAGAACCUCAUCUACGCUGGCGGCCUCACCUCCACCAUUGACCUGAUGGUGCUGGACAUGAGUGGCACAGACCUGGACCUUCUCCUCAACACCAAGCUUGACGAAGUGCCGGAGAUUGAGAUGCUCGUGGUGUCGGCCAACGGAGGGGAUAUCAGCAAUGACAUCGCCGGCUACUUUCUGGAGCGAAACAUGGUGAUGAAAAGAGUGUUCGGUACCAAUCCACAAGAUGCCAUUUACGUGCUCACCAAGUUUGACGCACGCAAGGACAUGUAGUGUGUGUGUGUGUGUGUGUGUGUGUGUGUGUGUGUGUGUGUGUGUGUGUGUGUGUGUGUGUGUGUGUGUGUGUGUGUGUGUGUGUGUGUGUGAAAGUAGUAAUCAUAUUCUUCAUUGUAGCGACUAAUGAGGGCAUAGCGACACGGUGACAGAUAGAAACAUACAUUCACACACACACACACACACACACACACACACACACACACACACACACACACACACACACACACACACACA